UAUUUUUUAUUAAGUAAAUUUUAUUUUUAUUUUAAGAUUAUGAAUCCUAACUAGUUUAAUGUUAGUUAGCAAAAAAGUAUACUUUUUAAUGAAUAAAAUUGUGGGCGUCUCUAACUAAUAUUCCAUGUAAUCCAUAUUAAGUGGAUUGUUGGAACUUCUUCCAUCGCAGCAUUUUUUGAAAAAAAAAUUCAAGAGAAAUUCUGCAACAUUUUCAAUAGUUAUCAUUUCUUUUAACGAGGUUCUUAACUACUUUGAUGUUUUCUCUCGAAUAAAUCAGGAAUAGUCAAAAGUAUAAAUGGUGUUGCCAUACGUAGGCCAAUAGUUCACUUAAUAUGACCAGGGACAGGGAGAGUAGUUUGCUAUUUUUAGCAAGUAGUAGUAGUUGUGUUGUGUUUCUUUGUCAAAGAUAGCCACUCCAUUAUAACAUGGUUCGAAUUUCGCUGGUGGGUGGGAGACUGGACUUGUUAUUAUAGGUAAAAGGACAAGGCCAUACGCACACCAUGACACACAAUUGGUCAGCAUGACUACAUGCUAUUAAUGGCUAUCUUUCGUCAUUUCUGAUGCAUCAUAGUCUUCGCCUUCAACCGCUUUAUAAAAAGGACUUUCGAGAUUUAAACUCCUAAAAACUGUAACCAUGAAUGUUUAAAUCAAAUUUAUAUAUUUGAAAACUAAGUGAAAGUGUCACACAAAUUGGAAUAGAGCGAGUAGUAAUUAAUCAAUACACUACACGGUUUGAAUUGUUUGUUUGUUAGAGAUGGGGAGGAAGAGAGUGAUGUUGCCUGCGAGUGAAAUUGACAUGACGACUGUGAAGUAUAUGCCUCAAAGAACUCAAGGUCCACAUCUGACUGGAUUUUGGUUGAAACUAUCUGUAAUGUUGGCUGAGUUACCUAUUAUUGGUUCAAUGAUCAUGACUCUAGUGAAGAACAAGAACCAAGGAGCUGAGAUGUAUAAGUAUACCAUGAUACCGGAGACUCCCUUGUUUGCACCUGAAUUUCCUCCUCAAGAGUCGGAACCUGAUGUUGUUUGCUUGGAAGAAGAUGGGAAACCCGAAGAACGCGUUGAGUUAGCGUUGCAGUGUCUUUCCGAUUACAAUCCAGGCUCUAUUUGUAUUACUGAUUCAACCACACCAUUCCGCUAUUGGAAGAUUCGUGAUUAUGCAUAUGCUUACAGAUCUCAGCUUACAACUCCAUCUCAGGUAGCAGAGGACUUCAUCUCAGCUAUAGAAGAUUCUAACAACCAGAAUCCACCGGCGCCGCUACUCAUUUCUUAUGAUCCUGAUGAAAUCAGAAGGCAAGCUGCUUCUUCCACGCAAAGAUUUAAAGAAGGAAGUGAAUUAUCAAUCCUGGAUGGUAUCUUCAUAGCAGUCAAGGAUGACAUUGAUUGCUAUCCGUAUCCAUCAAAAGGUGCAACCACUUGGUUUCACGAGAUGCAUGAAGUGAAGAAAGAUGCUGUUUGCGUCUCAAGAUUACGAAGUUGCGGUGCAGUUUUUGUUGGAAAGACAAAUAUGCAUGAAUUGGCCAUGGGAACAACUGGAAAUAAUCCGAAUUUUGGGACACCAAGGAAUCCACAUGAUCCAGAUAGGUACACAGGCGGUUCUUCCUCAGGCUCUGCAGCUAUUGUAGCUUCUGGACUGUGUCCUGCUGCACUGGGAACAGAUGGAGGAGGUUCAAUUAGGGUUCCUUCUUCCCUUUGUGGUGUGGUGGGAUUGAAGACAACAUAUGGAAGGACUGACAUUAAAGGGUUGAUAUAUACUAGUAGUACAGUGGCAAGUGUUGGACCUAUCACAGCAACUGUUGAGGAUGCCAUAUUGGUGUAUGCUGCAAUUUUAGGAUCUUCUCCUGCUGAGAGAGUUUCCUUGAAACCGGCCCUCCCAUGUUUACCAAAUUUAAGUUCGUUUGAGAGCUAUAGCUCUCUGGGAUCACUACGAUUUGGAAAGUAUACUGAGUGGUUCAAUGAUGUUUUUUCAACUGAAAUAUCUGACAAGUGUGACGAUAUUCUUAAUCAGCUAUCAGAAAAACAUGGGGUCAAAACGAUAGAGAUUGUAAUACCGGAGUUGCAUGAGAUGCACAAUGCGCUUAUUGUUUCUCUUGGCUCUGAAGCACUAUCUCAGCUGAAUCCUUAUGUUGACAAUGGGAAAUUAGCAAGAUUAACAUGUGACACUCGGAUAAAUCUGGCAAUAUUUCGGGCAUUUACAGCGUCGGAGUAUGUUGUUGCUCAGUGUCUAAGGCAAAGGUUUAUGUAUUACCACAUGGAGAUUUUCAAGAAGGUGGAUAUCAUUGUGACACCUACUACUGCCAUGACGGCGACAAUAAUAUCCCCAUCUGCUCUUACAGCUGGAGAGACCAAUAUUCCUGUUGUAGGAAAUCUUAUGAGGUUCGUAGUAGCUGGAAAUCUUCUGGGCUUUCCUGCAAUUUCUGUCCCUGUUGGCUAUGACAAGCAAGGACUUCCCAUAGGGAUGCAGCUCAUUGGGCGUCCAUGGAGCGAAGCAUCCAUUUUGCGCGUGGCAGCUGCCAUAGAGGAAACUUGUGCUGGUCCUAAGAAGAAGCCGGUGCAGUUUUAUGAUAUUUUGAAAGGGAAUCCAAUGUGAGAUUUGCACUUUGAGAUUAUUGACUGGUGGCGCUUCUCAGACGUUGGUGAUUUGAGAAUGAACAAAACUGUAGAAGUGGUUCAUCUUCAUGAAAUCUACCUCUUCUCUCCAAGCUUGGGGGUGGGUGGAAAUGCUGUUUGAUUCUCGUUCAAUAAAAAGUUGUUGGGUGGUUUGGGUUUGGUAGCACAAAACCCAAUCUUCUUUAGUUUUGUUUACUUUGACGAUUCCAAGGACAGCUAUGUCUUUUAACAAUGCUUGUUCACAGAUA